GAAAGUGAUUUUAAAAUCCUAUCGUUUGUACUCCUGUUUUCGCUGGUAAUGUACUUGGUCCUACAGAGUUGUCAGACUCGAGCAAGAUUUGGUGUUUAUAAGCAGUUUUUUCAGAUUGGUUUCAGUUGCUCCAGAACCGUCUUUAGAAAAUUGUCCACAUCCUUAUGUUUUCAUAGGGGAUUCUACUGGAACGAUCGGUACGAUAAUAAUGAGGAGAAGUUCGACAAAGUACUCAUAGCAAAUCGAGGUGAAAUCGCCUGCCGUAUAAUCCAGUCAUGUAAACGACUAGGGAUUCGCACUGUCGCUAUUCACAGCGAAGUGGAUUAUAUAUCUCGUUUUGUGUCCAUGGCGGACGAAGCAGUAUGUGUUGGUCCACCUCCAAGUGCCCAAUCUUAUCUAAAUAUGCCUGCUAUUUUAAACGCUGUAAAGUCGACGGGUGCCCAAGCAGUACAUCCUGGUUAUGGCUUUUUGUCAGAAAACACUCUUUUUGCCUCGGAGUUAGAGAAAAUGAAUGUUGUCUUUCUUGGUCCUAAUUCUAGAGCUAUAAAAGCUAUGGGAGAUAAAAUUGAGAGCAAACGAAUUGCUAAUCAAGCUAAAGUUAAUUGUAUCCCAGGUUAUGAUGGAGAAGUGGAUGGUCCAGAUGAAGCUGCUAGGAUUGCUGCUGAAAUCGGUUAUCCUGUUAUGAUUAAAGCAUCUGCAGGUGGUGGAGGUAAAGGUAUGCGUAUAGCAUGGAAUGAAAAAGAGGCUCGCGAAGGUUAUCGACUUUCUAAAUCAGAAGCAAAAGCCAGUUUUGGAGAUGAUCGCAUGUUAAUUGAAAAAUUUAUAGACAAUCCAAGACAUAUUGAAAUACAGGUACUGUGUGACAGACAUGGAAAUGCAAUUUAUCUUAAUGAACGGGAAUGCUCUAUUCAAAGACGCAAUCAGAAAGUCAUUGAGGAAGCACCUAGCACAUUUUUGGACCCAGCUUCGCGUAAAGCAAUGGGUGAACAAGCUGUCUCGUUAGCCAAAGCAGUUGGUUAUGAUUCUGCAGGAACUGUUGAGUUUUUGGUUGAUUCCAAACGUAAUUUCUAUUUUCUUGAGAUGAACACUCGACUUCAAGUAGAGCAUCCAAUCACUGAGUGCAUAACUGGUGUUGAUGUUGUACAUCAAAUGCUUCGAGUUGGUAAAGGGCAUCCGUUAAUGCUAUCUCAGUCGGAUAUACCCGUGAAUGGAUGGGCUUUUGAGUGUCGUGUAUAUGCUGAAGAUCCAUACAAAGCGUUUGGUUUACCAUCGAUCGGGCGUUUACGUACUUACAGUGAACCUUUGCACAUACCUAAUGUCCGCUGUGAUAGUGGAAUCAAUGAAGGAUCGGAGAUCUCUAUAUACUAUGAUCCUAUGAUCUGUAAACUUGUUACAUAUGGACCAGAUCGUCAAACUGCCCUAAACACUAUGGCCAAAGCUUUGGACAGUUAUGUUAUUCGUGGUGUGACUCAUAAUAUUCCUUUGCUUCGUGAUAUUGUCACCGAAAAACGUUUUGUAUCUGGGAAUAUUUCGACAAAGUAUCUAUCUGAAGUGUAUCCUGAUGGAUUCAAAGGCAAAGUACUUGAUCAAAAAGAACUAGAUAUAUUAAUUUCUGUUUCUGCAUCUAUAUUUGCUAAAAAUGAUGCACGCAUUCGAAACUGUUCUGGGGAGUCACAAUGGGAUUUAGUUGCAUCUGUCCAUGAAAAUAGUGCUAAUAGCGAUCCUAAAAGUCGUUCGUAUAUUCGCUGCAUUGUAACACGUGACUGCUCAGGUUUUCAAGUUCGCAUGUCAUCGUGGGAACCUCCCAAGCAUAUUAACCAACAAGACGUAAAUGCUACUUCUCAAUCCUCCAAGUCGCAAGAAACAGUUGUUAGAGUAGCUGAUAAUUUUAAAUUGUCUGAUAAAAUUAUAAACCAUUCAUAUGACGGCAAUGAAGCAAGUUGAUAAGUUUGCUUUUCUCUUAAUUCAUGUACAACAUUUUUCAUUACUUGUAUUGCAACAACUUAUCAAUUACUAUAUAUAUCUCUGAAUAUUCUUAGCAAGAAUUUUGAAUUGUACAUCAAAAUUAUUAAUAUAGUCUUCAAGAACUUUCGUCUAAAUUUGAACGAAUAAUUUCACAGUAUUUGGACACCGAGUUAAUGUAAAACAUUCAGGAGGGAGAAUACAUCUGUAAAAUCUCAACGAUUGAAUUUUAAGUAAAUCUAAUGUUUCGCUCGGCAAUCCAGUUCAAGCUCUUUCCAGGAAAUAUUAUCGAAUAUAAAUAGGUUCAUGGUUCUCCGGUUAACUGUAUACUAAAUAGGUCAGUUAGUCAUGUUAACAAUGUUUGAACUAAAUAUUUACUGUAGUGCGUAUGAGACAUGUGGUGUUUUACAAAAAGCGUGUUAAGAUAACAGAUUAUGAGUAUUCUUAAGUGGAUCUGAGGUGUGAGAAGAAAUUUAAUUGACAGUUUAUCGCUUCUGAUCGGUGGAUCUUCAAAGAAAACAUACAAAUUUAUAUAUGAUAUGAGCCAAACAUGUCAUAGCAUGUAUAAAAUGAAGAUAAAUAAACAAAGUAAAAAUGUUUGUUCAUUUUUGUAUUGCUUGUUUGAAUCUUCUCAUUGAUGUUUAGGACUUCAAUUGAUCAGUCUCUUAUUAGCAUAUGGGUAUCCUGUCCGGAUUGCCUCGAUAUUGCCCUAAGUUACAAGCAUUAUAAACAAAGAUGGAUGGUGGUUAACAGUGGAAUCCAGAACGUGCAUUCCGUCCUAUUUGGGACUCGUCAGCUGGAUGUACCCUCAUCCCAGAUCUGAUGUUCACUCCGGGACUAAAACCCAGUACUUUUCGCUUCAAACGUUAUGGCGUAACAUCUUUGACAGUAGGGUUAAGUCCCUGACGGAACAUAAGUUUUUUAGACUGCUAAGGUCCGUUGAUGACGAGUGUCAGAUAACACGAAAUGUAGUUUCAAUACUUCAUUCUGAUUCCCUAGAGUCAUCUUAAGGUAGGAUAAUAUUUACCACAAAUGUUUGCAUCUACAUAGGUCUACUGUCCUUUGAAAUAUCUUGUGAAAUUAUUUGGUGAGCAGGAAGAAAGGCUAAAUCUUACAAGGAAAUUUACGCCUUCUUGUUUUUGUUGAAAAUCCCGGUGAAUGAGCCGUUUGUUUCGGUCCCUUCAAAACAAUUUUCUAUGGUUGCCUAGUUGACUUCAUUAUGAGAGACUUGCAAAGAUUAUCAUUUAGAGUUUAUAUACUGCGUACUUGAUAUCAUAAUAAUUCUUUUCAAGUAACCAUUCAUUCUUUUUUUAUUAAUGGUGUUUUUUGCGACAUCUAUUCCAAUAAAGUUUGACUUGUGUGAUUGCAAUUGUUCAAAGUUAAAGUUUUGAGUAUUUUUUCCUUACCACCACACAAGCCUCAGCACCCAUUGAUAGACUAGUAAUAAUAAUACUAAGUUCCCGUAACCUAUAUUUGAGCGUCAACGUGAUGAUUAUGGUCAUCUUCCACAUCAAAGUUGAAGAUUUUAAUUGAUUUAGGUUGUUUCUUAAUUGUCUUGUAUAUGUACGUAGGUUUUCAAAAAUUUUAUUGUUUUAAGCAAGUUUGAUCAUGUAUUAAUGAGAAGAAUUCUUUACUACGUAAUGGGUUGAACAUCCUUUUUUAGUAAAAUAACUUUUCCAACUUAAGCAUAUAUAUUAGAGUUUGAACUCAUAAUUAGGUGGUUAAAAUUCAAACGGGUUAACUGAUUGGGCACUGCAUGUACUUAAAAAAUUCUUCAGAAUUGUUCAUAGCUGCUUGAAUUUAUAAUAAAAUAUUCUAUUCAUAAGAGUCUCAUCCUUCUUUUGUUUGCAAAAUUAUUUCCUAAUAAUUUAUUUAGGUGACUUUGCAGUUACUCGACAAAAGUAUCAAUACUGUUUGUUUACAAUAUCUUGGUACUGCAUUUCCCAUAGAAAUUAUGAACACAACGGCAGCAUGGUUUCGUGCCGCUUAUAUGCCUCCCCCCCGUGUUAUCGACUAUGGUUCAAUUUGUAUUGCUCCUAUGCCUGGCUUGGUUCGUUCCGUUGCAGUUAAGUUAGGUGAUCGAGUGAGCGAAGGUCAAGAACUAUGUGUAUUAGAAGCCAUGAAGAUGCAGAACAGCAUGACAGCAUCGAGAUCGGGAGUUAUUAAAAAAGUAAAUUUCAAAGCUGGUGAUUCUGUCGGUGAAGGUGAUAUUUUAAUUGAAUUAGAAAAAGAAUAAACUGAUCAAUAUUUAUGAAACAUUUCUACAAUAGCUUGAUUAAUUUUUUUCUCUCUUCAUUUAUUAUAUUAACCAUUAUUUAUGUUAUAUUCAUUUUGAUUUCAUUCUAUAUUUGUUUUGCAUAUAUAUUUGUUUCAUUGUUUAUUCAUAUAUUCUCCUGUUGUGAGUUUUUUUGUUUGUUUUGUUUAUCAACUAUUGUCCGUUACCAUUAUUGAUUAUGUUUCUUGAGAAAAAUAAAAAUUAAAAAAAAAACAAUAUUUUCCUACUAAUCAAUAAUAAUUUCCUUUUUGCUUAGUGUAUAUAUAUAUAAAUUGAGUAUGUAUUGUUUAUGUUGAAUAGAGGAAAUUUUUGUAUAUAAUAUAGUUGUGCAACAUUGAUCUAUUGAAAAGAUAAAGUUACUAAAACAAA